GAGAGCGCUCUCCCCGGGGUCGGGUCGGGGGCCGGGAUGAAACGCAAGGUGUUCGCGGCGCUCGCCCUCUCUCACUCGCUGCUCAGCUGUUUGUUGCUGUACAACAGCAACGCCGGCCCCCGCCUGCGGCACUGGAGGCAGACGGGCGGCACCCCCCGACCACCAGCAGAUUCUCUUCCAACCGCAAGCAAUGCGACAGUGGUCAUCGAAACUUCCAAAGCCGACCAGUUGGCGAAGUGCCCAGUUGAUCCACCGGAACUUGUUGGACCUCUGAGGAUCACCUUUGACCAGGAGCAGUCGCUGGAAGAGAUUGGGGAGCUGAACCCGUACGUGACGCUCGGCGGGCGCUACAAGCCGAAGGACUGCGAGCCCUUGCAGCGCAUUGCCAUCAUCAUUCCCUUCCGCAACCGAGACCACCACCUGCGGCACUGGCUCUACUACCUGCUGCCCAUCCUGCGCCGGCAGCAGGGAGAGUACGGCAUCUUCAUCAUUGAGCAGGCUGGUGACAACACGUUCAACCGAGCCAAGCUCCUCAACGUGGGGUUUGCGGAAGCGCUGAAAGAGAACGGUUACGACUGUUUCAUAUUCAGUGACGUCGACAUUAUACCCGAGAACGACAAGAACCUGUACCGCUGUGGCAGCAACCCCCGACACUUGGCCUGUGCUAUGGACAAAUUCAAGUACCGGUUGCCGUACAAGGGAUAUUUUGGAGGGGUCGUGGCUUUUUCUAAGGACCAGUAUUUGAAAAUAAAUGGUUUCUCCAACAAUUACUGGGGCUGGGGAACAGAAGAUGAUGACACGUACAUGAGGGUGACGUUGAAUGGGAUGAUUGUCGAUCGGCCCGAUAACAAAAUCGGACGAACCAAAAUGAUACGACAUGAAAGAGACAAAGGAAACGAAGUGAACGAGAAAAAUUAUGUUGUGUAUAACAGGAUGAAGUUUACAAGGCAUCGUGAUGGCUACAAAUCCCUUCAAUAUUCCGUCAUCAAGUUGGAGAAGAGGCCGCUUUUCACCAAGAUCACAGUCGACAUUGGAAAGCCUCCGUCGUAGAGAAGUGGAAACGUGCCUUCACCACCUUCACCACUGUUAUGAGUGGAACCAACCAAAGAAAUGUGUGUCUGCUCUCUCGGAUGGCCGUCCACACAUUUAAAAACACUAAUGACAACCCCCCCAUGUUAAAUGACUCCACAGUCUCCUCACGUUAAAGGGAAUGGUCUGCUCUGUAUCUUGGUUCUGUAGAUUUGACGGAAGGAGCUAUUGAAAUGGGUUUGCCACACCCUGUCCUUGGGCACAGAGAGAGAGGGUUCCUAAUGUCAUGCAGCGAUAAGAAUAGCGAGAGAAUGCGACUGAAAGGAAUCAUCUCUUGCUCUUGACUCGGAAUGAUAUCUUGCAUUGGUUCUGCCCUCCUUCAUUUUCAUAUGUUCUCUGCUUCUGUGGACGGAAAGAGAGGAUGCGGUCUGAUGACAGGACGCCGGGAGGGUGACAUCUUGCAGGGCAGCAAUCCCUUCUUUGUAGUUCCUCCUGCACCUGCAUCGGGCUAGUUUCCCCAAGUCUGCCGAGGAGGGAGGAGAGCUUUUAGUCCCUCUCAAGAGUCUUUAUAAAACUCUCAGGUAUGACUCGCAUGGGUUUGUUUUUGCUAAUUGAUCAUUUUAUUUUAUUUUUUUCCCCUCGUGUGUGUGUGUGUGUGUGUGAUAAUCUCGAGGUUGGCACACGGUUCUUCUGAUGGUAGGGAGCUGUUGUCUCCUGCAUUUUGAACGGGAUAUCCACUGCGCCCGCAUAUGACCACAACCCCCACCCCUACCCUUCAACACUGUCCAAAGUGACCUUGACUGUUGCCUCCACCACAUUGGGGCUUCGUUCUGUCAAUCCAGAGGCUCCACAUCUAUAAAAGGUGCUGAUGAUUUACGCCGGGGGGGGGGGGGGGGGGGGGGGGGGGGGGUAAUGCUCCACAGGAACCUAGUUAUUCAUUCAGCUUUUCACCCAAGUGCCCAUUUGUACCAGGCGAGGAGGCUCCGAGCAGUGUAUUCCAGUGAUGGGCAACUUAUGGCAGACACCUGACCCGACUGGAGUGUUGAAAUGCGGGCUUUGCAGAUGAGACCAUUGAGAGGAGGGGACCCCGAAUGGAAUUUUCUCCACUUGUUGAGACAGAGCAACACAGAACACAAUCAAGUUGAACCAUCUCGGUAACGAGCAAGCGUUGGUCCCGUGAUCUUAUUCAUCUUUCCGGGUUCUGACUUGGACUGAGCUGUGAUGUUAUGGGACGAGCACCCAGAAAUGAGCCCUAUUUUUUUUUUAUAUAUGAUGCAUUGUGCGACUUUUUAAUUCCAUGUUUACAAAUAACUUCUGUAAAUGACAUGGUGUCCAAACAAUCAUGAAACCCGUGAAUCUCUGCUUGGCGUUCUUUAUUUACCAUCCCCAGCUUAUUUUUUAAACAAAGGUUUGCUUCUGCGACUCGCUUUUUAACUGGGAGCAGGGAGUGGGGAUAAAAAAUUGAACUUCUUUUUAGUCCUCGUAUACGUUGCCCAUCGAUCUUCCUAGAGUAACAUUAUUCACGUGACUUCCAGUUCAUUAUCGAUGGGGGCAAGGGGGGAACGCUUGGGGGAGAGGUGCUGCCGAUGGAUAGCAUCGUGAAAGACCUGUUGCUUUUUGAGUUGUUGAAGUCUUUAUAACCUUUUUUUAUGAAGAAAAGUAACAGUUGUAAAUGAACCAAAGAUCACUCUGCAAAAAUGUAUAAAUUAAAAUUACUUGUGAAAUGGAACAAUAUUUAUUUAUAUGUACAGCAGAGUGGGGAAGCUGAAACUCUGCAGGUCUCAUGCUGGCAAUUGUAUCAUGAAUAGUGCGGGAGAGGUGUGAAAUCUAUUUUUAAUGGACUUUUUUUUAUUGUAUUUGGUUGUUUGGAAUUUUAGUGGUUCCAGUAUCUGAUGAAUUUUAGCUUUUGAGAUACUAUAACUGGAGUUUUUAUCCCCGGCUGGAUUAACAUCCAUCCAGGAGCAGCAUUUUCUGUGUUGUUCCAUUCUCUGAACACUUCCACUGCGGCCUUGGCUCUUUGAACCAGCGAGUAGCUCUUCAAACAGAGCAGCUCGGGCAUGUGGAAAAGGAAAGGUCAACCUCCAUUUCCCUGUCUGCGCUGAGACGAGGACUAUUGGACGCUCUCUUGCAGCAGAAGGAACCUUCCCGACACGAACACUCCCAAGGAAAGACACAAAAAAGCUGGAGUAACUCAGCGGGACAAGCAGCAUCUCUGCAGAAAAGGAAUGGGUGACGUUUUGGGUCGAGACCCUUUUUCAGACAGAUAGUCAAUAGACAAUAGGUGCAGGAGUAGGCCAUUUGGCCUGAGCCAGCACCGCCAUUCAAUGUGAUCAUGGCUGAUCAUCCCCAAUCAGUACCCCGUUCCUGUCUUCUCCCCAUAUCCCCUGACUCCGCUAUUUUUAAGAGCCCUAUCUAGCUCUCUUGAAAGCAUCCAGAGAACCUGCCUCCACUGCCCUCUGAGGCGGAGAAAUCCACAGACUCACCACUCUCUGUGAGAAAAAGUGUUUCCUUGUCUCCGUUCUAAAUAGUUUACCCCUUAUUCUUAAACUGUGCCCACUGGUUCGGGACUCCCCCCAACAUCGGGAACAUGUUUCCUGCCUCUAGCGUGUCCAAGCCCUUAACAAUCUUGGGUCAGGGGAAAGGGAAACGAAAGAUACCAACGGUGAUUAUAGGGAGAUGUAGUUAAAUGAAUGACAGAUACGCAAAAAUAAGUAAAAAUCCUUGAGGUUUUGUUUCUGUUCAUGUUCCUGGCAAAGUGUUGACCAAACUUGCUUUCACAGCCACGUAUGUAUCUUCACUCAGCCAAUGUCUCCAAUGAAUUCCGGUUGAAUGUCCACACUUCAUGUUCACAGAUCCGCCAGGAUUUACAGGUAUGUUCAUGGUAUUAUUUGUCUCAGCCGCCUUGUACUCCCCUGACCACCCCUCUCCAACAACACUGACGCACUCUGCCUCAAGCGUGCCGUCGUUGACUUCAUCCUCUGCCACAUUUGAUGGUUCAGGCAAAGACUUUUCCUCUGCUCUGGGAUCAACGAUUGCAAAUUUCAACGAUUCUUGAAUUCUAAUGCUCCUCUGAAUUUAUACCUCUCUUCACUUUCCUCUGACCCCCAUCUCGUCUCUUCCGUCUUACUCCUAGCUCGGUUUGUGUUAUCUCUUCUAAUCUUGAACGAUCUGUCCUCGGCAUAGGUCUCGGCUUAAUCCCUCUCACUCUUCAUCUCAGUGAUUUCCCAGCCCACUGUCUUUAACACUACGUUCAUUUAUUUCCCCCGAGAAUCUUCGUCCCAGACUGCGUGGAUUCUACCUCUUCGCUUCAGAAUUCCCAAUUGCACCUCAACGCCAAUCCCUCUGGUCGCUUACCUUUUCUGGAUCUAUUCAUUGCAAACCAUCGGUGCGACGUUGACUUUCAUGAUUUUCCCCACUGUCUUUUUUUACUUCUGAACGGACAACCCGCCACUUGCUAUGCAAUAACGGCAACUUUGUCAUCAAAGUUGCUGACAGUAGUACCAUUGAGCCCUGCCUCUCAGAGGCUGAAUGGCAACUCCAUGACCUCUCCAUGCCGUCCUCUGGACCAAGAUCCACCACUGCGUUUGAAGAAGGGUCUCGGCCUGUAACGGCACCCAUUCCUUCUCUCCAGUGAUGCUGCCUGUCCCACUGAGUUACUCCAGCAUUUUGUGUCUUCCUUCGAGCACCAGACCAUUGUCUCUUCGGGCGGUCACUGACUUAAUUUCCUCUGGAGAACAGCCCUUAGCUUUCUACUUCCCUAAUCCUGCAGCGACCUCUUCUACCUCCUGCAAGAUCCACCAUUGGGAUCAUUCUGGUAGACCAUUUCCGUCUGUUCUUGUUUGCUUUGUGAAUUAACCUGGGAACGAGGACAAAAUACAUCUUGCUAGUGAAAGAGUGUAAUUCGGUGGAAUCAAGGUGAUUUCUGACCUUUCAUUCGCCUGCUCCUGUCUAAUCUCCCAAGCAGGGCUGUGGAGGACAAGUCAAUGGAUAUUUUUAUGGCAGAGAUAGAUAGGUUCUUGAUUGGUAUGGGUGUCGGGGGUUAGGGGAGAAGGCAGGAGAAUGGGGUUGAGAGGAGAAGAUAGUUGAAUGGCUGAGUAGUCUUGACGGGCUGAAUGGCCUAACUCUGCUCCUAUCACUUAUGAAGUGCUGCAGUAACUCAGCGGGUCAGGCAGCAUUUUUUGGAGAACAUGGACAGGUGACGUUUUGGGUCGGGGCCCUUCUUAAAGAAGACCCGACCUGAAACAUCACCUGUCCAUGUUUUCCAGAGAUGCUGCCUGACCCACUAAGUUACUCUUUGUUUCUACGAAGUAAAAUGAGAGCUAGUAAGUAUAAAGUUGGGAUUCCCUUGCAGACCGAACAGUGUUCUGCAGUCUGCGUUUGGUCUCCCAAAUGAGGUCAGGCUGUGAGUACUAAUUUCAGUACACUAAAUUGGAAAUAGCACAAGGAAAUUGCUGCCUUUCCUUGAGGCAGAAUUUAAUACCCAGAGGGACAGGAAUGAAAUGAAAGAGCAGAUGUUGCAUCAUCUCUGUCUUUAUAUAAAAGAGCUGCAAUGUUUGGGGGACUGUUCAAGGGGCAAAGUUAAGCCACACUGUGAUAUUCAAAUCAAUAUUUUCUUUUGGAAUUGAACUUGAAAUGUGUAAUAAAAACAAAGUGCUGGAAA